GGAGUUGCGCAUCUCCAACUCUUCUUCUUUCACCUACAAAUCGCACCAAAUUUUUUGUAACGCCGAGAAAAACAAUAAAUACACAUUUCAAACGAUAAAGUAAACGGAUCUAACAAUGGCCGAAUUCUCAGUGGAACGCGUGGAGGACAAGCGAACGGUGAACGGACGCACGGAAUACUACCUGAAGUGGAAAGGCUAUCCGCGGAGCGAGAACACUUGGGAGCCGGUGGAGAACCUCGACUGUCCGGAUUUAAUCGCCAACUUUGAGGAAUCGCUGAAGAACAACAAGAAGGAGACCAAGAAGCGCCUGUCCACCUCCUCCACGCCAGACUCCAUCCGCAGCAAGCGCAAGAGCUUCCUGGAGGACGAUACCGAGGAGCAGAAGAAGCUAAUUGGCUUCGAGCGCGGUCUAGAGCCAUCGAAGAUCCUGGGCGCCACCGACUCCUCAGGCCACCUGAUGUUCCUGAUGAAGUGGAAAGGCAGCGACCAUGCAGACCUGGUGCCGGCCAAGCUGGCCAAUAUGCGAUGUCCCCAGGUGGUAAUCCAGUUCUACGAGGAGCGCCUUACCUGGCACACGGGCAGUGGCAAUGGCAAUGGCAACGGCAGCUCCGGCAAUCUUACGUCGGGCGGCCUGGGCUCCGGUGGAGGCAGUGGCGCCGGCGACGACACUGCUCCUGGCAGCGUGGGUACCACCGGCGGCGGUAGCAAUGCCGAGGGCGUUGACGAGGAGGAUCCGGAGCAGGAACCGGCCAGCCCCAUUGGCAGCAUCAACCAGGACGAGAACGCUAAGCCGGAGGAGAGCAGCGAGUUGGACAACGGCCAACUGGAUGCCGAUGACUAGUUGGGAGGGCGAGGUCUCCAACUUCGACUCCAGAUGGCUGUUUCGGAUUUGCCCGCUUGUGUGGAUACAUACACGCCGUCUCUACAAACAUACGAUAUAUACAUAUUUGGUAGCGUAGCCCUUAAGAUCGAUUUACUAAAGCUCUGAGGGAGCUCAAAUUCGCGGUAGUACAUAUAAAAUGUGACUUUUUUUUAUCUCCAUAUUUUAGUUUUAAAGUCCCAUGAAAGUUUUAGGACCAUAAAUCGCAGUGUAAAAUACAAUUGUCCUUGCGUACAUGUGUCCGUGAGUGUAUGUUGAAAAGGACGAAUAGGGACCGGCCACAAGACUCCCCAUAAAGCAGCUAGAGUUAGGGAUCCCGACCAUCCCGUAAACUAAGUUUUGACCACUGUAAAGUAAUAAAGUUUGCACAUUCUCAAACGGA